AUGUCUGACAGAAACCAAGGAGCGAGUAGCUAUUCGUUUGAGGCAACUUCAAGUGUGAAAUCGGCUGUGAAACAGACGAGAAGCCAUUCGAGUUCAGCGGAAGGUAUUCGCACGGAGAUCAGGGAGAUGCAAAUAGAUGGACCGGCAGGUUUUCGUCAUGUCUCCGGGAUCACCAGCGACACAGUGCAAGCAAUCCAGGCGGCUGAGAGAGAACAUUUUGCCGAUCUCACCAUGGCUGAAGAGUUUAAUAACAUGUCACUUGUUGGUCAUUUAGAUGGGAGAAUAAAUGGUGGAAAACCCAGAAUCAGCGUUAUUCAGGAGAGAGAAAUUCAAGGUGGUGCAUUCCUCUUACGGACUGUGGAAAUUAUGAAGAUCCCAGGUGAAACACUUGGUUUUUACAUUCGUGAGGGAGAUGGAUUUGAACGAUUGGAUGGAAUCUUUGUGUCAAGGUUGAUGCUGGGUGGAUUAGUUGAAGAUUCUGGGAUAAUUCGUGUUGGUGAUGAAAUUUUGUAUGUUAAUAAUGUUGAUGUAUCCUUCAAAACCCUAGAUGAUGUGUACAUGAUCAUGCAGAUUCCUACCCGCCUUCUGAUAACAAUGAAAUCCAGACAGAUUGGCCGGAGUUCAUACCGACAUUCCAGUUCGCGAAUACAUUCUCCAAGAUAUGACAAGUCUGGCUCUUUUCCUGCCAGUCCAGGUAGGCAUUCUGCUGCACUAAGUAGUAUUAUAGAUUCUGAAAGACAGUCUUCACCCAGAUCCUCUUCCAUGCUUGAAGCUGUAAAAAAUGGACAAGACAUCACUGCUCAGUACAAGCUGAGCAGAAGAGUCAAUGAAGGAGGUCGGGUAGAAACAAGGGUCUCAAAGACAGAAUACUCAGGCACUAAAGGUGCUUAUUAUCCUCAAAAGGAGGAAUAUGUAUCAAGCAAACCUGUUAAAGCAUCUUCGAGAGGAGAUGCAGAACCAGUGCAUCAGAGUAGAGACAUUGUCAUGAAGCGUGUCCUGUCAAGAAAUCGCAGUGCAACGACUGGUAUCAUCGAUGAUGGGCCUGUUCCAGAUCCUAGUCUUGCUCAGAUGCUACCAGAGUCCCAAUCAGAAAUCAAUCUCAAACACGCUCCACGUCUAAGCCGACCUGGAUCCUUUGACCCCAGCAUCCAGACAGAGGAAGACAGCGAUUCCAUGGUCUUUGUUGACGAGGACUCUGAGGAAUCACUGAGUUCCUCGUUCCAGAACGUGCAUGGUCUGAGGAGCAGUGCUCCAGUUCAGGGCGGCACAUCCCACAGGCAUCAGCAGCGGCCAUACUCCACCAUCAUCCCACCAGACCGCUCCCUCCUGGAUGAUAGAGAUGAGGAUGAAAGCAAGGUACUGCUCUCAGUCAAGUCCUGUGAUGCAGCAGCAAAGAUGAGACAUUCAUCUUCUUCAGAUAAUAUUGUUGCAGCGAACUGGGCUGAUGAUAACAAAGGUGCUGCAUACACGGUUGUGAAGAGCUAUUUCUGUACUUGUUAUGAUGUGGUUUACUUGUGUACAUAUGUAUUUACUGAUGCUGCAUUUAUUUUGAAUCCUCGCAUAACAAGACAGAGAUCAAAUCCAGAUGAGCAACGAUCUCCUGAUAUAGAAUCUAGCGGAGGACGUUCUAGGAAGUCCGGCCAGAGUGGCCGUUCCAACUACCUGGAGAUGUUCAGUCAGCAGCGUCUGCCGGCUCUAUUACGCAAUGUAGGUCCUGGACGGAAAAUCAGCAUGGCCAACCUGGCUGGUAAGAAGUCUGAGCAAAGCACAGAAUCAUUAGGAGAGGAAAACAGCAGUAAAUAUGUACCAAAGCCGUCUCCGGACAAGAAAUCAAGAAGAAUCUCUAGCAGUAAGCAACUUGACAUUGAUAUCUCACAGUUUACAAAGAUAAAAGGUGAUGUUGGUGCAAGGACACGUAACCGCCACCUCCCAUUUUCGGGAAUCUUGGCGUUGCACCUGUCUGGUGGAAGGAAAAUGGCACCGACGUUAGCCUCACGGAACCAGCUUCGAGAUUUGUAUUGUGUGAUAGAGAUCGAUUCCGUCCAUAAGGCACAGACGGCCACUGUGACAGGACGGGACGAGUUCUGCUGGGACGAGAGGUUCGAGAUAGACUUAGAGAGGGCGCAGGACAUGGGCAUCAUGGUGUACAGCUACGGCUGGAACCCGGAAGGCCGCCAAAAACUAUGCCACAAGUCACUCAUUAGAUUAACACAAAUUUUGAUACAUGCAAAGUCAAAAGAUGACACCUACAACUUAGCCAUCCGCAUGGAACCCCGCGGAAUCUUGUACAUUUCCAUGGCGUUUACAGAGAGACACGCAACGCUGAAGAGAGUACCGUCCCUUGAUAGGAGAGGUCUGUUUGGUGUUCCUCUAGAUGUAGUUGUACGGAGGGAAGGAUCACCAAGGUUAAUACCGAUCCUUGUUCAGAAGUGUAUUCAUGAGAUUGAAGUACGAGGGAUUAAUGUCAUUGGGAUCUACAGAGUGUGUGGAUCAGCCAAGAAGAAGAAGAAGCUGCAUGAUGAGUUUGAGACGGCGAGCGCUCUUGUGGAUCUCUCUUAUGACAACUAUCCAGAUAUCAACAUUAUUACAGGUGUAUUGAAGGACUAUCUGCGGGAGUUACCAGAUCCUUUGAUGCCUCCUGCCAUGGUAGAGAGGGUCAUGACGAUACUGUCUGGAUCCUCACCAGACGAUCCUGUAUGUAACGGAGAUGAUGCCCUCGCUGUCAUGGAUGUCGUUGGCCACAACAAACAGGAGACAGUGGAAUACAUCCUUGACCACCUGAAAAACGUGAUCAUCCACAGCGAGCGUAAUAAGAUGACGCCCUACAACCUCGCCGUCUGCUUUGGUCCCGUCCUCAUGAGCUCUGGCAAGGAAGACGGGCGUGGAGGUCGAGGGUCGCGCGGUACAGCCGACGUCCGAGCAGAAAUCCCAAGAGGGGAUUCCAGGGAGAAAUCUGUGGAUUGUGCAGAGAAACAUAUAGAACUCCUGUCUUGUCUACUAGAAGUGUGGCCAGUUAGGAGAGGUCUGGAAACUGAUAACUCUGACAACUCUACUGCCAGCAAGGUGUCUGAUGAUAAACCAUCCUCAGACAAGCCAUCAUCAGAUGAACCAGUGGCUCCAGACAAUCAGGAGGAGGAUAGCUGUUAUCAUAGCAACGAUGACCUCAAUGAUGGUCCAGCUCCUGGUGAAGGGGAAGCCAGACAGAAGAAGGAGUCGGAUUCUUCAGAGGUCAACUGGGACUCUGAGAAUCUUGAAGUCUCUGCUUGUUAGAAGAAUCGGUGGCAGCGGUGGGAUGAUGAACCCAUGCUAACCCUUAACAUGGCAGAGAAUUAGCAGCUCAGUGCUAGUUAUGUGUAUUAAGGAAACCCAAACCCAAGGAGAAUUUCAAUCUUAUCGGAAAGAGCAAAAUGAAAGGAGCAAUUUACUG